ACUCUGAAAAUAUGUGUAUUGUAUUAUAUCAUGUAUAAUAUCAUAUUCAUCCUGUCAGAAUGACAGAAUGAUGUGAUUAAUUCAGGAACGAUCACGCCCAAUACAGUUAAGAGCCUGAGGGUUCGCCAUCAUGCAAAUCCCUCGUUCAAACAGGUUUUAAUAUUCAAAUAAGGCUUGACAUGUUCAGUUGUAGUUUCUUAAUAACCAUCCUCCAUCUUAUGACCAAUCUUUGUGCAGGUUGCACAAUCAGGUCAGGUGUUUUUGCUUGGCAUGUGACCAAACUUUUGAGGAUUUAGUUAGAUUUUCAACGUGCACGCAUACUGUGCACUACCUUUAGCAACCAGUAGGGGGCACAGGUGAACAUUCAGUAUUUAAAAAAAUGCAUAUUAACAGUUUUGUAGGCCUAAAUUAAAGUGUCCUCACGUUUUUGUGUUUUGUGACAAUAAUCUAUAUAAUUAAGAAAAUGUUAAUGAUCAUUUGAGACAUCUUAAAAAAAUCUGGGUGAGGGUAAAACUAUUACAGUAUAACAGUUAAUAUACAGUUUCGGCUCUCAAUACCAAGUGAAUUUAUAAUUAGUCUGUUAAAGUCCAGGUGAGUCAGGGGCUUUAACCCAUCACAUGAAUCAAUGAUGUGCUGUCACCGAACUGGACAACACUGGCACACCCAAGCUGACUCAGAAACAGGUGUAAACAUUACUUGACCUUACCUGACGCAGAUGCUGGGUAUCUGUCCUGAAACCCACAGGUAUGAAUCAUUAUUAAAACUAACAGAAGAACAGAGAGUCUAAUAAACUGUUAGCUUCCUGCUCUCAUUCUCAACAGGUAGCCUACAUAUUUUUUAUUUUAUUUUUUGGAACAGAGAAUCUGUGUCUACAACAAGAGACCCAUUUUUAUAACAAACAAUUAAGCUUCACAUAGCUUGAUUUAUUAUAUCAGUCAUAUCAACAGCAUACAUGCAUUGUUUUGUGUCAGGUUGUGUAAAGUAUGAAUGGGUUUAUACCUCUUUUUCAAAAGCAUACAACUUUGGAAAAUCCCUGUAACUAUAAUUUGCAUAUUGUUUUUUUUUUCUUCCUGCUUAAAGCAUAUGUGACACACAAAGUGCCCAUUGUGAUCCAUUCAUGGGGAACAGAGAAUUGUGGCUACCCAGCACUUUGUAACAAUGUAUAGUGUGAGCUUGCAUCUUUCUUCCAGUCAACCCUUUUAGCCAGCUCACUGACUUUUGAACGUUAAGUAACAGUGUAGAACAGGAUAAAAGGUUUAAACAGAAUUACACUUCAUGAAUAAUCAAAUAGUGGCUAAAGGACUGAACUUUUCUCUUACAUCGAUCUCUUCCCAAACCUGAACAGUAAUACACAUACAGUUCGGCUAUAUUCUACACCAAAUCAAAUAUGCUCAAGUAACACAAAAUAUUUGAAUGAUACCAUUUACCGAAAUAUAAAUAUAAGUGUAUACUGAAAAAAAAAUACUUUGGAAAAAAAUAUAAAAAGAAACGGCAAACAACAUUAAAUUAAAUGCAAACCUUCAAAGUAGAAAGAAUGAAAUAUUGUUGACUUUUUUUGUGUACAACUUGGAGGGAAAAAAUAUUAAUCCAGAAGAGGGAAGAAACUACGUUUUUUUUAUCAUUAUUAUUAAAUAAAUCAAGCACUGAUUAUGCAGUUGCUUUAUCCGCGAGGGUUAACAGCACGAAUGUAGAAGCUCUUGACAGAAGCAAAACAUUGGCAGGUCUUUUGUCGACACCUAUUGGCAAUGCGGCGGUACUACAAGUAAAAAUCAGCUUCCCAUACACAGAGUGACGUGUUUCUGUAUCAGUACACCCACUUACCUCAGCUACAACCUUCCGGAGUAAAAUCAAAAAUAUUCGUUUAACUAAACAAAAACGUUAAUUCAGUUGUUGACAGUUUUUUUACACCUUCUGGAGCAUGCGCACUGACGGUCUGUGAAAUUCGCUGUUCGCUGUGUUUAUCGUUUAACUGUUACCGGAGGUUAAUCUCUGUAGGGAUACGUAGCGUACCGGAGCUGGUUAUGGCGGCGGGACCAUGAGGUGUCCGUAUUCAUUGUUAUACCGGUAUUGGAGUGUGUAAAGAGACUGUGACCAUGGCUGGUGUUUUUGAUAUCGACUUGGACCCGCCGGAGGACAACGUGUCAGACGAGGAGCUCGCCGACGGGGCCAAGAGCAAUGAAUGCCUGGACCAGUGCAGUGGCUUUGAAUUUAUGGAAGACUGCGAGAAGUUCGAAAUCUCUGAGAAUAGUGUGAAUCGAGGCACAGAGCAGAUUCGUCCAGAAUGUUUUGAGUUGCUUCGUGUUUUGGGUAAAGGAGGAUAUGGAAAGGUUUUUCAAGUUCGCAAGGUAACUGGGGCAGAUUCUGGGAAGAUAUUUGCCAUGAAGGUCUUGAAAAAGGCCAUGAUUGUUCGCAAUGCAAAGGACACCGCUCAUACUAAAGCAGAGAGGAGCAUUCUAGAGGAAGUUAAGCAUCCCUUCAUUGUGGACCUCAUAUACGCCUUUCAGACAGGAGGCAAACUUUACCUCAUACUGGAGUACCUAAGCGGUGGAGAGCUGUUCAUGCAGCUGGAGAGGGAGGGGAUCUUUUUGGAGGACACAGCAUGCUUUUACCUGGCAGAGAUUUCCAUGGCGUUGGGUCACCUUCAUCAGAAAGGCAUUAUCUACAGAGAUCUGAAGCCAGAGAACAUCAUGCUCAGUAACAUUGGUCAUGUGAAGCUGACAGACUUUGGACUCUGUAAGGAGUCGAUCCACGACGGUACCGUCACACACACCUUCUGUGGAACCAUAGAGUACAUGGCACCAGAAAUCCUCAUGAGAAGCGGCCAUAACCGAGCUGUGGAUUGGUGGAGUCUGGGAGCCCUGAUGUAUGACAUGCUAACAGGAGCUCCCCCAUUCACCGCAGAGAAUCGGAAAAAAACCAUAGACAAAAUCCUAAAGUGCAAACUGAACCUUCCACCUUACCUCACCCAAGAAGCACGGGACCUUCUGAAAAAGCUGCUGAGAAGAAAUGCAUCAACGAGGAUGGGAGCAGGUCCUAGAGAUGCUUUAGAUGUCCAGGCCCACUCCUUCUUCAGACACAUGAACUGGGAUGAUCUGCUGGCUUUUAAAGUUGAACCUCCCUUUAAGCCUUUUUUGCAAUCAGCAGAUGAUGUUAGCCAGUUUGACUCCAAGUUCACUAGUCAGACUCCUGUAGACAGUCCCGACGACUCGACACUCAGCGAAAGCGCCAACCAAGUCUUCCUGGGCUUUACGUACAUCGCUCCAUCUGUGCUCGAAAACAUCAACGAGAAGUUCACUUUUGAGCCAAAAUCCCGUUCACCUCGCAAGCUUCUGGGAAGCCCAAGAACACCAGUGAGCCCUUUGAAGGCUGAAGGGGAAGACGGUUGGUCUCGGGGCCCACCCUUCCCAGAAGUGCCCACAACCACCCCCUCUCUCCUGCCGCCCACUGAUAUGCCCAUGGAAGUGUCUAAUGUUGAGCAGAUGGACAUAAGCAGCAACAUGGAGGUGUCAGCCCCUCUCCCCAUCAAAAAACCACUGGGAUCCAACACGGGGUCCUUCGUGAAACCAGCUCACCCAGCGGGCGGCAGGAGACCCAAGAAUCUGAGGAUGAAUCAUUGAUGAGUGUCUUAAGUUUUGUACUUUAGGAAUUUAUCAAAUUACCCAAAAGGCCUUUCUGCACCCAAUUUCUGUCACUUAAACACUUGCAGCAUUCGUGUACUUCAUGCAAGCAUGCAGAGCUUGUCCUCUCUCUGCUUGCACCAUGGCGAGGUGGUCUGCUGCUUGCUAUGAAAAAGAAAGACCACCUUACACUUUAGGCGACUCUGAGCAUGAAUUUCCCACUUUAUCUUUUAUACACCAUGCUCAUGCAAAAUGUGAGGGAGAAUUCGUAGUAUCUUCUGUAUAUUUGAAGUUGAGUUUGAGUCACUUAUUGUGUUUUGCUUGACUGUAUGAUGUUGGGAUAGCUGUAACAGUAUUAAAAUGGAUAGUUCACCCAAAAAAUAUCAAUUCUGUCAUGUAUUCACCCUUAUGUCAUUCCAAACCUGUAUAACUUGCUUUCUUUUUUCUGUGGAACACAAAAGAUGAUUUUCUCAGCGUUUUUUUUUUUUUUUUUUUUUUUUAAGCCCGAUUGACUUUCAUUAUGUGGGCAAAAGCAACUGAAUUAUGCUUCAAAAUGUCUUCUUUUGUGUUUCACAGAAGAACAGAAAGUCAUCCAGGUUUGAAACAACAUGAGGGUAAAUGAUGACAGAAUUUUAAUUGUUAGGUGGAUUGUCUUUUUAAAAUGGCGAGAGAAGAUUAAGGUCUACAUGUUGAUGAAUCUGUCUGAUUUAUGAUGUAUUUGAUUCCUAAUUCAUCAAUAGUUGUUUAGACUCCUAGAAUCACAGGUGUAGGGCACUUGGAGAUCUACAGUCGUUUUAGCAUUACCUACCAAUGCUAAACUAUGAAGUAUAGUUAUGUAUAGUUAUAAACUAUGAAGUAAAAAAAAUAUAUAAGCUGAAAAAUAUAAGCUGAUUUUUUUUUCCCAUGUAAAUUCAUUUGCUGUAAGUUCAUGAGACAGUAUUAGAUGAUUUCAAGAAAUUAUUCUCUUGUUUUGGUUUGUUCUUGAUUACAUUUCAUAUUCAUACAUUCAGGUAUGAAUCUACCUGCGUUUUUCUUUUUGACAGUAACAAGCUAUUUUUCAACCAAACUGUCUGACCAAAGAAAAUUAAAAAUACUAGAUUACUGGAUAAAACUGGAUAAAUCCUCUUAAUCCAGAAUACAGUUACUUAUUUCUAAACCACAACCACAAAUACCAUUAAUACUGAUAUGCUGUCACCCAUCUGUGACAACUAUUGAUUUUAAACAGAAUGUUUAUUUAAUUUUACUUUUCACCCUAAAGAGCAAAAUGAGUAUUGAAAUAAUUUCCUUAACACUUCCCCUAUCAGUAAUUGUUUUUUUCCCUGAAUGUGAUUUGAUUUUUUUUUUUUUUUUUUUAACUAUUUAUUUUUCAGGUGCCAUAUAGUUUUCUAAACUAUGCAAAUUAUUUAUUCUUUAUAGUCAAGAAUGCUGUUCUGGAUUUAGCCUGAUUAGUUUCAUGAACACAAAGACAUGCCAACCUCUUUAAAUUUUAUUUUUUAGUUCUUCUUUCUAUAAUGGUGUUGGGGUCAAAGUAAUUUUAUUAAUCUCAAGGACAUUAAAAAUGUUGGGAUUUUAAGUAUGUUUUCAUGAAGUGCACUGUGCACCAGAUGAAGGGAAAACCACUUGAUUAUUUAUCGUUCUAUUGAAUUUUGACUAAAUAAGCUUGGAUAUAUGUGGUUAAGGUAAAAGAAGAUCUCUAUUCUAGAUGAAUCCAGAAUGAUGGAAGAGUAAUAAAGUAGAAAAUAAAAUAAAAAUAAACAAAAAAAAUCAGUAUCUAUUUCAUUGCUGUACAUAAACAUGAUUCUUCAUGAAUAUUGGUGCUCUUUCCUUGUAUUAUAGUUCUUAUAGAUUCAAUAUUUAUGAUGAUGUGACUCCUUGAACUGGUGAACACCGAAUCUGCAUCUUGUUAAGAUUUGCUGUAUAUGUAAAGCAGGGGUUAUUUAGACAAAGUCAUCACGGGUGGUUUCAUGUAUCGUGUUUCACAGGCAUUCCUGUGUUAUUGUUAUCAAUGAACAUCUGCGUGUGAGGCUGCAAUUGCGUCUGUGUGACCACAUUUAAACAAUUUCUGAUUGGCACACUUUUUUUCCCAUGGUAAUGUAAAAUAGGCUUGUUUUCUGCUUGAGAACAUUGUUCCGUUGUGACAUUGUAACUCACUGAUUGAAUGUGAUGUUAACCUCAAUCCUCAAACUCUUAAUUUCUGUAAUGUAGAUUGUAAUUGUGGUUGGACAUUAGGAGGCCAUUGCUCUGAUUGAACUGUCUGGACUUUGCAGCAGUUUCCAUCAAGCCAAUAAUUGGCUGUACUCACUAUGCACAGGAAGCAUGAUUGUGAAUAUCUUAAGCUGUCAGAUACAGUGCCUACUGAUAAACAACAGCCUGCUGUGCUGUGGCGGUUAACAGCCCGUAAUGGCUUCAUAUGUGAAUUUUGCCUUUGCGUACACAAAUAUUGACCAUUUAUUCUAUGCAAUGCUGUCUGAGAGAGAGGGGUCUGUAAUGUUGCAUAAAUGGCGUUAUG